CUCACUACUCUCCUCCCACCUUCCCUUUCUUCAGCCUUUGAAAGGGGGGAAUUUAUUCCUGCAGCCAGCCCUCCUUAUACCCAGAGUAGACCCUGCAGGAUCCAGAGAAAGGAAGAUAUAGGAACAAGAGGAGACAAAACCCCACUCUAAUCCUCCAUGCAUCUCCCCCUCCCCCAUGCACACAGUUCAAAAUGACUCAAAUCCUUUUAAAAAUAGCAAAAAAAGCAAAAUCCCACUCUUUCUUGUAUAUUGGAUUUCUAAAAAUAUGGCAAAACUUCUUAUCCUAAACUUUCUCCCUUUCCCCUAACAAAAGCAUCAAAACAAACCAACAAAGAAACUGCACUACAACCUGCAAUUUGAACCAAAAUAUUAGCCUUUUAUUGCAAAAGAAAAUCGCUUUAAAAAGACAAAACACAACAUGCUUUUUCGAGAAUUCCCCGCUGCCUUGUACAUAAGGAUGCUGUUCACCUUAUGGGAUUUCUGGAUCAUUUCUGCAUUAAGUCUGGACCCCAUCUAUUGGAAUAGCUCGAACAAAAGGUUCCAGGACUCAGAGGGCUAUGUGUUGUUUCCCCAGAUUGGUGACCGCCUGGACUUGCUGUGUCCUCGCUCAGAGCCCCGUGGCCCUUUUUCCUCUUCUACCUAUGAGUAUUAUAAGCUUUACCUGGUGGGUACAGAGGAAGAAGUCGUAACCUGCUCUAUUCUGAGAACACCUAAUCUUCUUCUGACCUGUGACCGGCCGGGGCAGGACCUUCGUUUCACCAUAAAGUUUCAGGAGUACAGUCCCAAUCUGUGGGGACAUGAGUUCAAGUCUCAGCGGGACUACUAUAUAGUCGCCACCUCAGAUGGGACCCUGGAAGGAUUGGAGAACCUUAAAGGAGGCGUUUGCGAAACAAAAGGGAUGAAGGUCACCUUAAAAGUUGGUCAAAAUCCUGAUGGGUCACCUCCUCGAAGACCAUCUUUAUCAGGGAAGGAUUCAGGGAUACCUCCAUCUGUGCCAAACAUUGACACGUCAAAUCUUGGAGGAGACUUGUCUGGCAAUGCUACGAAGACCGGUGAGAAUGGUCCCCUUCCAACUUCCCACGUGCCACUGGUUGCUGGGGCAGCAGGUGGUGCCGCCUUCCUCUUGAUAGUUUUUGGGGUAGUUGGUUGGGCCUGUCACCGACGCAGACAAGCCAAGCACAGCGACACUCGACACCCGCCACUCUCUUUAAGCUCCAUUACAACACCCAAGAGAGGUGGAGGCAACAACAAUGGGCAUGAACCCAGCGACAUUAUAAUGCCACUGCGGCCAUCAGAGGGAGGAGCCUUCUGUCCUCACUAUGAGAAGGUCAGCGGGGACUAUGGACACCCAGUAUAUAUUGUUCAAGACAUGGCCAGCCAAAGUCCAGCAAAUAUCUACUAUAAAGUAUGAAAGAGCUGCCAUCUUUUUUUCCUGUGUAGCUUUUAUUUUCAGAGGGGGCUUACUGUAGGAUGUUUAUGGGUUGGGGAGAAGGACAUUUAAGCCGGGAUAUGAAAAGUUAGCUUACCAGGACCCCAGUAUUUGGUGGCAGAAUCCAGAUUUUUUUUUGGCUAAUCCACAAAUUAUUUUUCAAAGUCCUGGUUCCAAGAUCACUGAUGCAGCUUUUUCUGUGUCCUGGAUAGGGGAGAACUCAACAUUGUGGUUAUUCAGGGUUUGUCAAUAUGGAAAGGUGAAAGGUCAUGUCAAGAGUAUAGCCUUGGGUUACAAGUUACUAUUCUGUUGUGGUCAUAGCUCAUUGUUGAAAUGUCAGGACUUAAUUGAAGUAAUUUGGAGGUUAGACAGUUGUUGGCCUCUAAAAUGAUGUGUUGAAUCCACCACUCUGUUAUUGGUAAAUGUGAUGUUUGGGUAGAUCAUUGUGGUCUUUGUGCCAGGUAGAUGAAGAAAAGGAUAUGUCUAAAUGUCAGAGGGAUUUUUCCUUUCCCUUUCUGAUAAUGGAAAAUAUUGUGUUUGUAACCUGAUAGCACAGUACUCUCACCAGCGACAUUAUGUGGCAUAUAGAAGAGGGGUCAAAGUUCAGCUGCCAUAGAACAACUUGGGUUUUCAAAAUAGUCACCCUGUACACGCUCUAUUUCUAUUGCUAACCCAACGCCUUAAAUUGUGGCCUAUGCCAUCUCUGACCCCUCUUCCUUUUUAAAGCUUGCACAAAGUGUAUAGUUCAAUGUCUUAAAAGUGAGUCUCCCUCAAGUUCUCAUUAGAAAAAUGAAUCUCCAUGUUUAGACUCCUUGUGCCUUUUAAAUACUGUCAAAAAAGCGUCCUUGUGAUUAACCCUUUUUCCCCUCAGGAAGACUUGAAAUCCUCCCACAAUGAAUUGCAAAAUCCUUUUAUAAUUUUAUUGUUUUGGGCUUUUAUUUUUCUGACAAGUAAAUUCACAAAUAAUGUAACAUUAGGGGGUGAGAGAAAAAUCAGUAGCAGCCAGGUAUUCACUCCCACUGUGUCCUCGCGCUGGGACAUGUUGAAAUAUGGCACCUCGGCCAGGGGCACGGGAGAGGAAAGCUAGGGAGGGAGGUAGGGAAAACGGAACGUAAUUAAGCUAGGCCCUGUAUCCAUAGUAACGUAUUGGGCCUACCCGGUCCUCAGUAUCUCUCCCCCUUCUACUCCUCCUUAUGUCUGCUUCUUUUUCUCCUCACUAUGGCAUUAAAGUGUCGGUCGCCAGGGAGACAGGGAGCGAAAACGAGUGAUAAAAAAGGGGGAGAAGUAGUUUUACGGCUCAGUGUUAGAGAGAUAUUUGAAGAUGUCAGCCUCAUGAGUAAAUACACUUGAUAAAAGAUGGGCCACGCUGGGCGGGGGGUCCAUUUUUAGUCUUGACGACGGUCUCCCCCCACCCUUUCCAAAUCAAAUCACUGCCUGUGAAAAUUAACCACACCACAGCUCCCACGACAGCCUGAUAACUAAGAGCUCAAUCAUGGAAACAUAUUCAAAAUAAAAAAAAAUUGAAUAAAUAAAUCUUCAUUUAUUGAAUUUUUAAAUAGAAUUCAUUUCUUAGUAUUGUGUUGAAGGGGCACAGUCUAGUCUACUUAAGGUUUGCUAUGUACAUCUUGUUACCUAGGUAACCAAUAUUGCCAUGCUCACAUCAAUUCUAAAUUAUUUUUUUCUGCAUUAAAAAACGUAAGUAGUAACUCUAGCCUCAUGUUAUAAAAACAAGGACGUAUUCCCUUAGGGUAAAGUGUAAAAUACUGCGAUGCCGUACCUCCAAAAUAUGUUUUUGGUUUUUUAGUUUAUUUGAUUAUACCUAUUUUUUUAAUCUCAUUACCCUUGUAUGCACUUAGCUGAAUAUCUCUUGAGGUAAUUUAAUGUAGUAUUAAAAUUCUUGACCCGACUUCAAAUGAAUUUGUGAUUUACCUUCCCCUCCAUGAUUUUUUUUGUUUUUGGCAUUGUAUUAUAAAUAAAUAUUUCCUAUGAAAGUAGAAUCCAUAUAAAUAAAAUGUUCCUUUGAGUGUGACAUUUAAAUCAUAAAUAUUGUAACGCUUUAAACAUACUGCAUUUCCAAAGCUACAACUCAUUGCUGAGUUUUUUUUUUGUUUGUUUGUUUUUUUUAUUAUCGGGUUAGUUUACUCAAGUCGGUACAAUGUACAAGGCAAACUGAAUUUACAUUUAUAAACUGAAUAAAUUAAUCACUCUC